ACCAUUUUAUCAGACCAACAUUAAAGACAUCAAGACUAAGUACUCAUUCUUCUCUUCGCCUCUCUCAUAUUCAACUUCAUAAAUGUCGUCACUUACUCCGCUCAAGGCAUCUAUACUCAGUCUCAAGCCACAUAAAAAUGAAGCUGCACUCCGGAUCCGCAACAGUUCUGCUGCCCUCGUCGCUGUACUUCUUUUCACCCAUCUUACUCCAGCACCGUCGCUGUGGACAGCUGUGGAUGUCGUGUUCAGUGACUCAGGAGAAGGAAAAUCUGCGUUUUGGAUGAUGUGUGCUGCUGAGUUGGCCAUACUAAGUCUCUUCACACUGAACGCCCUUCAGGCAGCUAUAGGGCUCAUGUAUCCACCAAAACUUUCUCCACCCGCGCCAUCACCUUCGAAGAGCAUCAAGACACCGCAAUCACACUUACAAAAACGCCGUAAUGUGUUGUCAACCCAUACGAGUCCACAGCCGCAACGCACUUCCUCCCCAUAUGUCUCCUCUCCAGUGUCAACGCCUUCUCGUACCCUUCAAUACUCCAUUCCAGGACCCACACCUCCACCUUUUUCCUCGCUGAACUCCUCGACUGGUAUGCCACAGACACCCUCCCCUUUAUCUGCGUACAGAGGGAAGCAUUCAACGAGCAUAGGACACGCAUUCAAUGGUUCGAUCCUUAGUAGACUCACAAAGGACGAAUGAUGAAGAUGAGGAGUAGAUAUAGAUUUGUAAUGCGGUAUUUUUGUUCAAGAUCAUGUCUAUUGCUAUCAGUGUUUCUGCGUUCUUCCAGCGCGCAAUUGAUAGUCACUCGCAAAUGUUGGAAUAUUUGUAGUGUGCAGUUUGCGUGCGCAUCGCUCACGCUCGUCACUCCAGUGCUGUCUCCAUUGAAUGGGUUCCUCGUGAUGUAUGGCCAGUGAUUGCCCCCCUGCCUUCAUGUGUAUCAGACCGUCACUUCGAGCAGCCCUUCUGGGUAUGCCGUGAGACUACUGGCCGCUAUGAACCGACACGUGUGAUCUAAAUAUCCUUGAGAUCAUAUAAUGGCACACGAGAUCACAGCAUUUC